AUGGAAUCGAGGACUGCGAUGCUUUCGUCGCUUCAGAAUGCUUCUUGGGAAUGUGAUGACUCUCGGCACGGUCCCGAUGCUGCUUCUAGAAAGAGGCGGAGGACUACGGGAUCGCCCGUUUCGUCCUCGUCACCAAGCUCUGACUUUGCUGGAAACAACUAUGAAGUGUUCUUAAGUUUUAGAGGACCGGAUACUCGCAAGGGUUUUAUAGAUUUCCUCUACAAAAGCUUGAAUGAUGUUGGGAUACACGUCUUUCGUGAUGAUGAUGAGCUGCCUGUCGGAGAAGAGAUCACGCCUGCGCUGAUUGCAGCAAUCAAACAGUCGGAGGUUUUGAUUCCCAUCAUCUCAGGGGAUUAUGCUUCCAGCAAAAGCUGCCUCAUGGAGUUGGUCCAAAUAUUAGAGUGCAAGCAAACAAUGAGUCGAGAAAUCAUUCCCAUUUUCUAUGAAAUCAGUCCCUCAGAUUUGAAAGACCAGGGCCAUCCUUUUGAGGAGAGCUUUUCCAAACACAAGAGGAAUGGGGUUGAUAAUAAGACCAUCGAGGACUGGAGACUAGCUCUUAAAGAGAUUGGAACGUUAAAGGGAUUUGAAACGGCAAAAAUACAUGACGGGCAUCAAUCCGAGGUCAUGGACAAACUCAUCCCAGUUGUUCAGCAAAAGCUGAAGAAGGGUCGACUAAUCGUGACAGAAAAUUUAGUUGGAGUUGACCAUCACGUGCAAGAGAUUAUGAGAAAGCUCGGUGUUGUGCAUCAUAAUGGACAAGUAAUUAAAAUUUGUGAAAGCGAUGUUCGAGUCCUUGGAAUAUAUGGUAUUGGGGGGGUUGGCAAGACCACUCUUGCAAAUGUUGUUUACAACCAACUCUGUUAUUACUUUCAAGGUUAUAGUCAUCUUAGGGAAAUUCCAAAAAAGCAUCAACAUGAUAGGAUCUUGUCCUUGCAAAAUCAAUUAAUCUCAAACCUCCGAAAUAGAAAUGUGACGUUGCAGUGUUCUAAUGAUGCUAUGACAGUUCUUGAUAAAGCAUUUCGCAGGAAGCGGGUCCUCAUUCUGCUUGACAAUGUGGAAGAUGACGGCCAACUUGAUGCGGUCAUCGGGGAUCUUAAUUGCUUUGGUUCUGGAAGCAGGAUUAUUGUGACUUCUAGAAACAACAGCAUCCUUUCGAGGUUCGAAAAGGCUGAAACCUAUGAGGUUAAACCAAUGGAAGAAGAAAAAGCUCUCCAAUUGUUUUCUAAGCGGGCUUUUGGGAGGGAUUUUCCUGACAAGGGCUUUGAAAGCCUUUCCAUGGACAUCAUAAAGGCUCUUGGGCAACUUCCUUUGGCACUUGAGAUGAUAGGUUCGUAUUUGUUUAAGAAAACCAAGGGUGUAUGGAAAGAAACGUUGAAGAAAUUGAAAGAAGCUCCUCAUAGGGAAGUUGAACAUGUGUUAAAGAUAAGUUAUGAUGCUUUAGAUGAAGAUGCAAAGCAAAUAUUUCUGGAUAUAGCAUGUUUUCUGAUUGGAAAGAACAAGAGAAUUGCCUUUUACAUGUGGGAGGACUGUGAACUUUACCCUCAUAGAGGGAUUGAUGCUCUUCGUGUCCUGUCUUUGGUGAAAAUUGGACAAAACAAGGAGCUAUUGAUGGAUGAUCUACUGAGAACUCUAGGCAGAAGUAUUGUGUCAAAUGAAGAUCCUAUCCCUCAUAAUCGAAGUAGGUUGUGGAUGCACAAUCAAGCCCUAUCCACCCUACAGAGGAAGAAGGAUCCAAUGACUGUUUCACAUCUGAAGAAUUUGGCCCGCUAUCGGAAUUAA